GUCCAUGGACUUCUGCGACGUCCUGCUGGUGGGUUUCCCUGGCUUGAUCGACGGGCGCGUGCUGCGCGCGCUGCGGUCGCUGCCGCGGCGCACGCUCAUUCCGCUCAUGCAGGAAAGCAUCGUGUUUCAAGGUUUGAUCGAAUACAUCUGGACAUCGCGUGUGCGCCUCUAUCACUAUGUCAAGUCCCUGCAAACAGUAGUCCAGCUUGGCAUCCUGCUUCUGUGGUGGCAGACCCGGAGCCAGCAACUUGUGGCCGUCUACUGGGGCCUUUUCAUGGGGAUUCUGGCAACGCAGCUGUCCAGCCUUGUGCUGUGCCUCUGCCGACUGGAGCUUCCCUACAUCCGGGCUGUCUUCCAGUCAGGCUAUGGCUUGCGUCUAGUCUCAGCCAGCUGGGGUGCCUGGUACCAACUCCCAUUGUCAGAGUACAAGUCACCCCUCGCAGUCAACGUGGCAUUAUGUAUCACUGUUAUUGUCUACGACUGCCGCGUUCUGAAGCCUUUUGGCCUUCCUGUCGGCCAAAGCCUGCUGCCAAUCCUCAACGCUGCCGGCAGUCUGGAGUUUGCAGCUAUGUCAGCAGUGAUAAGUCUGGCGCUUCUGGCCACGUUCCUCUACGUCUGCAUUGAGUUUGAGGAAGACCUGGGAUUUCCGUCCAAUGCCUUCCAGACCUGGCAAACUCUGAUGGUUGGUGAGCCAACGUUGGUUGACUCAAGAAUUUCCUCGCAGGAUGUGAUUCGCUAUCUUUCUGUAUCCGCAUGUUUCCUUGUGUGCAACACCGUGUUGAUGAACAUCUUCAUCAACGUGACGGGUGCGUCGUAUCUGCAGGAACGAGCCAGUGUUGUGGGCACAUUUGCCGUGGAGCGGUUGCGUAUUUGUGUGGCAAGCACGUCAGUCUCCGCUUGUGUGCGGCAUUCUGUCAUGGGAGCCUUUACUCUCGUCUGGUCGCUAUGGCUCACCUACCUUCUGCUCACCGCCGAGUUCUCGGGCGCUGUGCCCGUGAUCGUUGCCACAGUCACCUUUUAUGCUACGUUCUUCUGUGCCGGGCGCGCAGCGAAGGCAGCCGUGGCGGACCUAGAUUCAGAGAACUCCGAGCUGCGGUAUUUGUGGAUUUGCCGCCGGGCCAAUCGACCGGGCGCCGCCGUGGCCUCGCAGACCCGGCGCGGGCAGCAGAGCGCCCUGGAGCAGGUCAGGGCACUGCAGGCCCGCUUCGGGAAGGCCAAGGACGAAACCGAGUCGGUGGUGGAAGUUUGA